UUUCUUAAACCCCCAAAAAUCCCGCCAGCCGCCGAAAGCCCACAAAGAACAGAAAAAUAACUAAUUACUCCAUUAUUUUUCUCCCAACUUAAUAGCUUUUCUGUUACUUUUCACGAAACCCUAAUUUUGAAACGUAGGGUUUGGAGCUCCUCUUCUGGCUUCUCAUCAAAAUCGAACUACUGGGGGUUUCGUUUGAACUCAUUAGGGACCUUUAGGUUCAGAAAAGUUCGGUUUUUUAAGGAUUUGGCGAUGGCACUUUCCUGUGAUCACAUUGCGAUGAUUGAAUUUAGAAGUUAUCUCAGUAAGAAUGUAGUUUCUGGUGCUAGGGGAACCAAUGUGUUGUGGAAAAGUUUGAUCUUUCCAGCUAAUUUGAGAGUUGGGAGUGCUAAUUUUCGCUUGAAAGUUAAGAAAGGGGGAUUUAGAGUUAGGAAUGAGGUACAACCUAGUGUUGGGUCAGAAUUGAGCACUGUUGGUAUUAAACAAGAUGUAGAAGAUGUCUCGGUGAAGGAAGAAACUAAGGUUAAGGAUUUGAGUCAUUCUCCAAAUGUUGAUAAUGAAAAUGGUGGUGGAGAUUUCCCUCCUAGAGGAGGUGGAGGUGGCGGCAAUGGAGGUAAUGGUGAUGGUGAAGGUGAUAGUAAUGAGGAUGAUGAGUUUGGGCCACUGUUGAAGUUUGAUGAUGUUAUUAGAGAGACAGAGGCAAAGGGUGCUACACUUCCUGAAGACAUGUUAGAAGCUGCAAAGACCAUUGGAAUUCGAGAACUUAUUCUGUCUCGUUACUUAGACAUGCAGGGAUCAGCUUGGCCUCUUGGUUUUGCAGUGAGGUCAUGUUCUAUGUUUCGUAAUCUCAUGCUAGCUGAUCCAUCUUUCCUUUUUAAAGUGGGAACCGAGAUAAUUAUUGAUACUUGUUGUGCGACAUUUGCGGAGGUCCAAAAGAGGGGAAAGGAUUUCUGGGCCGAGUUUGAGUUGUAUACUGCUGAUCUUUUGGUCGGAACAGUUGUUAAUAUCGCUUUGGUGGCUAUGUUAGCACCUUAUGCGCGCAUUGGGAGACCAUCUGCUUCCAAAGGAUUUCUUGGGAGAAUGGCUCGUGCUUAUGGAGCUUUACCUAGCAGUGUUUUUGAAGCUGAAAGGCCAGGAUGUAAAUUUUCAGUCAGGCAGAGGAUUGAAACAUAUGUUUAUAAGGGAUUUUUGUAUGGAUCAGUUGGAUUUGUUUGUGGUCUUAUUGGACAAGGCAUCGCAAAUUUGAUUAUGACCGCCAAGAGGACUGUCAAGAAAUCAGAAGAAGAUGUACCUAUUCCACCUUUACUAAAAAGUGCUACUCUUUGGGGUGUUUUUCUUGCUGUCUCUUCAAAUACUCGGUAUCAGAUAAUUAAUGGCCUGGAACGCCUAGUUGAGGCAUCUCCUAUGGCCAGGCGUGCUCCUCCUGUUGCAAUGGCUUUUACUGUUGGUGUCCGUUUUGCCAACAAUGUUUAUGGUGGAAUGCAGUUCGUUGAUUGGGCUAGGUGCAGUGGCGUUCAAUAAUGUCAUACAAGACUAGAGCUCCGCAUAUUCAAUCCUUGCAGCAUGCAUAAGUGCUUACCUACAAAGCUUUCAAGCUAUGAUGCAGUACAAGCUGAUACCAUUUCACCUAUUCCUGCAUCUGUUUCAUUCUCAUGCCAGGAUAUUGCAGGGGUUUCUCAAUUAAUCACAAAGAGUAAUGCAUUUCCUUCACUUGGAAAGCUGUUAUCUACCAUUAAACAGUUAAUCCGCAUCUUAUUGUUAUGAAGAAUGUUUGCUGGUCCUUUCGAACUAGUCCUUAGAAAUGAACAGAAUGUUUGAAUGUGCGCCUUCCCCAUAGACUUGUAGCUAGAGUAAUUGUACUGAUUAAAAAGUAUUGCUUCAAUUUAUACUGCUGGCUGAAUAACUAGUUAUUAUUCUAAUCAGCCUGCAAACCAAUGAGGAAGCUGCCUUUUGUUAUCAACUGUUCUAUGUUACUGAGCAAUCAGAAAAUAUACUUGACUGUUUAUUGGA